AAGUUAAAAACAGAUUCUGUUUACGUUCAAGAGCAAGUCCUUAAAGGUGCAUGAGACAAUUAUAUAUUUUGUGGUUAUAUUUUUUCAUUUAAACACAUUUCGUGCACGAACCAUUUCUUUUUGUUUAAAAGCAAGAAGAUAAACGAUAUAUAUUUUUUUCAUCAGAAUACAUUUCUUUAUUAUUAUUUGCUGAAAUCUUGACUACAGAGGAGAGUGGUGGGAAAAAGAGGAAUUAAUAGUCUCCAGUUGCAGCCUGCAGACGAGAGAAAUGGCGACUGAAGUGGAAGCAUGGACCACCGCUCUGGAACAGGAUGGGCCAUUUGGCUCGGGGGACGCGGACAAGCCCUACGACGAUGAUGACAUCCUGAACGAGGCGGAGGUGAAUGGGAACUGGACCCCGCAGGAGAAGGCCCUCCAUGAAGCCCGCCUGAAGGCCAAAGCCAAGAGGCGCCUGCGCAGGACCUCCUCCCGCGACUCCACCCGCGAGUCGCUGUCCGAGGCCGGGGCGGAGCAGGCCGGGGACCCCACCAGCCCCAAGGGCAAGGUCGGCACCAACGACCGCAAGUCCAGGAUGGGGAAAGGCCGAGGCCUACCCAAGAAAGGUGGAGCUGGCGGGAAGGGGGUGUGGGGAGCAGCGGGCAUGGUCUAUGAGAUGGAGGAACCAGAUGCCAAAGACCCCAACUACGACGAGAUAGCCCAGGGAGAGACCGUAUACGCCACCGUGGUGCCGGAGCUUGACGAACGUGAGCUGGAAAAGACGGUCAACCCCAUCGUGCAGGAAUACUUUGAGCACGGAGACACCAAGGAGGUCCAGAUGCUGCUGGAGGGACUGAAUUUGGGGCACAGAAAGUUCAACGUGUCGUCUCUGGCCGUGUCGCUCUCCCUGGAGGGCAAGGCCAGCCACCGGGAGCUGACCUCACGACUUCUCUCCGAUAUGGUGGGCAAGGUCCUGACCGAGACGGAGAUGGCUCGAGCCUUCGACAAGAUGCUCAAGGACCUACCAGAUCUCAUCCUGGACACACCUGAAGCCCCACAGAUGCUUGGCCAGUUUAUUGCAAGGGCCAUUGCAGACCAUGUUCUUCCCAUGGGCUUCCUGGACCAUUACAAAGGCAAGGUGGACUGCGAUAAUGCCAGGGCUGCUUUGAACCGGGCCGCAGUGCUGCUCUCAAUGAAGAAGGAGAUGGUGCGAUUGGACAACGUGUGGGGUGUGGGCGGCGGCCAGAGGCCAGUCAAACACCUCAUCAAAGAGAUGAAUCUGCUGCUGAAGGAGUAUCUGGUCUCCGGUGAUGUGACAGAGGCAGAGCACUGUCUGAGGGAUCUCGAAGUUCCUCACUUCCACCAUGAGCUCGUCUACGAGGCGGUGGUCAUGGUUCUGGAGUCUACAGGGGAUACCGCUGUCCGCAUGAUGACAAAACUUCUCAAGGCAUUCUGGGAAACGGGACUCAUCACACUGGACCAGAUGAACAGGGGCUUCCAGAGAGUCUAUGAUGAACUCCCUGAAAUCAGCUUAGACGUCCCGCUUGCCAACACCAUGAUGGAGACCUUCCUGGACCUCUGCUACCAGGAGUCCGUCAUCACCAAACAGCUAAGAGACGCCUGUCCUACCAGGGGGCGCAAGCGGUUCGUGAGUGAGGGGGACGGAGGGCUGAUCAAGCACUAGAGCGGGAGAACGCGACGCUGGAAUUCCCCGCCCUCGCGUUAAGCUCCAGGCUGGCCGAGGGAGGACCCCCAGCCCUACAGACAUCUCUGCCCACACACACGGUGCUCUCGUUGGCUCAGUGAGGGGGAAUCUUGGACCUGUCUCAUUAUUACAGUACUUUUUUGGGAGGGGGACAG